UGUCAGAGCCAGCAUCGACUUCAGCGUUUUCAUAUUCGUAAUUUUCCUGCUAGAAGCCAACUUCUAUCUCAGUGUAUUUCUCGUCGGACUCGGUUCACAGGCGAUCGCGCACAUCUACAUUACCUUCUCAAGUUCUUAAGUCUGUCAAAUCACAAUCAAACAACCAACAACCUCAUAAAUACCAACAAACACACACACCAACCCUCAAAAAUGCCCAUCCUACCCAACCCAUCCACGCCACUCUCCCUCCUCGCCCGCGACUCCUCCUCCGAAACCAUCCCCCUCAGCAAACACCACGCAAUCCUCACCACCCUAACAAAACACUACAACACGCGGGGUCUCCAAAUAAUAAUCUUCUGCUUCCUCUCCAGCUUCAUCAUCCUCCUACUCUUCCUAGCCAAGCGACUCUGGCUACGGUAUCACCCCGAACGACUUGUGGAGAUGGAAACGGCGAGGUUAGAAGGCGCUGUGAGGAGGUAUUUGAGACUUGGGGAGGGGAGGGGGAGAGGCGCGGUGGGGGUUAGGAGGGUUUGGAGGGAGAGGGAGGGGAGGACGGGGAGGGGGGUGGGGAGGGAGGUGGAGGUUGUUGUGGGGAGGGUUGUGAGGGAGGAGAUGGGGGUGGGCGUGGGGGGUUGGUGA